GCUUACUAGUACUCACACAGAGGGGGAGAUAGGAAGAGUUGGGUCCGGGCUGAGAGGAAGAGCAGCCCACCUGUGUGUUUCUGCAUGAACUGACUCUGACCACACACACACACACACACACACACACACACACACACACACACACACUCCUCUUGUUACUAGUAAAGCCUGGUUAAGUCCCUGUAGGUGAGUUCAGGUUUGCAUUUGUUUGGAGCAGCUUUCAUCGGACCGUUUCUUCUACUAUUCAGGAAGAAGAGAAGGGAGGAAAAGUCAUGGACAAAACAGGAGAAUUAAAAAGAAGUUAGCGCCUACAUUAGAGACACCUUUCUGAACGAGGAAGAAGCGGAGGAACAGGAUGGGGAUGGAUUUCAGCAGUCUGCGGACCCUCAUCAGCAGAUAUUGUGUUGGUGAGGAGAACUGGGUGGACAGCAGGACAAUUUACAUCGGACACAAGGAGCCUCCUCCAGGAACAGAGGCCUUCCUUCAGCAGAGAUUCCCCGACAACAGAAUAGUCUCCUCCAAGUACACAUUUUGGAACUUCGUCCCUAAGAAUAUGUUCGAGCAGUUCAGGAGAGUCGCCAACUUCUACUUUCUCAUCAUAUUUCUGGUUCAGUUGAUCAUAGACACUCCCACCAGCCCCAUCACCAGCGGGCUGCCGCUCUUCUUCGUCAUCACAGUCACCGCCAUAAAACAGGGUUACGAGGACUGGUUGAGACACAAAGCAGACAACUCCGUCAACCAGUGUCCUGUCCACGUGGUGCAGCACGGGAAGGUGGUCCGCAAACAAAGUCGCAAACUCAGGGUUGGGGAUGUCGUCUUCAUGAAAGAAAAUGAGACGUUUCCCUGUGACCUCAUCCUCCUUUCCACGUCUCGAGAUGACGGCACCUGCUUUGUUACGACAGCCAGUCUGGACGGGGAGAGUAGCCACAAGACUUACUAUGCAGUCCAGGACACCAAAGCCUACAACACAGAGGAGGAGGUGGACUCCAUCCAGGCGACGAUUGAAUGUGAACAACCACAGCCAGACCUGUACAAAUUCGUGGGCCGCAUCAACGUCUACAUGGACAAUGAGCCCAUGGCCAGGCCGUUAGGAGCAGAGAACCUGCUGCUGCGAGGAGCCACACUGAAGAACACCGAGCAUAUUUAUGCGGUUGCCAUCUACACUGGUAUGGAAACAAAGAUGGCUCUCAACUACCAGUCCAAGACUCAGAAACGCUCUGCAGUGGAGAAGUCAAUGAAUGCCUACCUGAUGGUGUACCUGUGCAUCCUCAUCAGCAAGGCGGUCAUCAACACGCUGCUGAAAUACGUCUGGCAGGCCGACCCCAACAGAGACGAGCCGUGGUACAACAACCGGACAGAAACUGAGAGAUCGAGGCACAUCGUGAUCCGGGCGUUUACAGAUUUCUUGGCCUUCAUGGUUCUGUUCAACUACAUCAUCCCCGUGUCCAUGUACGUGACGGUGGAGAUGCAGAAGUUCCUCGGCUCCUACUUCAUCAUGUGGGACGACGACAUGUUCGACGAGGAGCUGGGAGAGAGAGCGGUAGUCAACACGUCGGACCUGAACGAGGAGCUGGGACAGGUAGAGUAUGUGUUCACCGACAAGACAGGCACUCUGACGGAGAACAACAUGGAGUUCAUCGAGUGCUGUGUGGACGGACACGUUUACGUCGCUGAUGCCAUCUGUAACGGACAGGUGAUGCCCGGUGCAACAAGUAUGGACAUGAUCGACUCAUCUCCAGGUCCCGGCGCCAGGGAGCACGAGGAGCUGUUUUUUCGGGCGCUGUGUCUGUGCCACACGGUGCAGGUGAAGGAGGAGGAGACGGUGGACGGCAUCAAACACGGCAUCCAUCAGGGCAAGGCCACCUCUUUCUACAUCUCCUCCUCUCCGGAUGAGGUGGCGCUGGUGGAGGGCAUGAAGAGGCUCGGGUUCACCUACCUGAGACUCAAAGACAGUCACAUGGAGAUCUUGAACAGGGAGGAUGAGAUUGAGAGGUUUGAGCUGCUGGAGGUUUUGACAUUCGACUCAGUCAGACGGAGGAUGAGCGUCAUAGUCAGAUCCAGCACUGGUGAGCUCUUUCUGUUCUGUAAAGGUGCAGACUCGUCAAUCUUCCCCAGGGUUAUCUCAGGCAAGGUGGCUCAGGUCAGAGCGCGGGUGGAGCACAACGCAGUGGAGGGUCUGAGGACACUUUGUGUUGCGUAUCGGCCUCUGAGUCCAGAGCAGUACCAGGAGGUUUGCCACGUGCUGAAUGGGGCCAAGUUGGCUCUACAUGACCGAGACAAACGCCUGGCCGAGGCUUACGACUCAAUCGAGAAAGACCUGAUCCUGCUGGGAGCCACUGCUGUGGAGGACAGGCUCCAGGAAAAGGCGGCGGACACCAUCGAGUCUCUGCACAAGGCGGGCAUGAAGGUGUGGGUGCUGACGGGUGAUAAGAUGGAGACGGCGGCUGCAACCUGCUACGCCAGCAAGCUGUUUCACCGCAACACCCAGAUCCUGGAGCUGACCACCAAGCGCACCGAGGAGCAGAGCCUGCACGACGUCCUGUUCGAACUGAGCAGGACCGUCCUGAGGCAGCACGGGGGAAUGGCCCGGGACACCUUCUCUGGUUUAUCAGGUGACUGCACUGACUUUGGGCUGAUCAUUGAUGGAGCCACCCUCUCCGCAGUCAUGAGGCCGGCCCAGGAGGACUCCAACUCAGGGAACUACAAAGAGAUCUUCCUAGAAAUCUGCCGCAACUGCAGCGCCGUGCUCUGCUGUCGGAUGGCGCCUCUGCAGAAAGCACAGAUUGUGAAGCUGAUCAAAGCCUCUGAAGAGCAUCCCAUCACUCUGGCCAUUGGAGACGGAGCUAACGACGUCAGCAUGAUCCUGGAGGCCCACGUUGGCAUCGGGAUCAUGGGUAAGGAGGGUCGUCAGGCGGUGAGGAACAGCGACUACGCCAUCCCAAAGUUCAAACACCUCAAGAAGAUGCUGCUCGUCCACGGACAUUAUUACUACAUCCGCAUAUCAGAACUAGUGCAAUACUUCUUCUACAAGAAUGUCUGUUUCAUCUUCCCCCAGUUCCUCUAUCAGUUCUUCUGUGGCUUCUCACAACAGCCGCUGUUCGACACAGCCUACCUGACUCUGUACAACAUCAGCUUCACCUCGCUGCCCAUUCUGCUCUACAGCCUCAUCGAGCAGCACAUCAACAUGGACAUCCUGAAGAAGGACCCCUCGCUAUACAGGGAUAUUGCUAAGAACUCUCUGCUGCGGUGGCCCAUCUUCAUCUACUGGACUUUCCUUGGUUUGUACGACGCCAUCGUGAUGUUCUUCGGUGCUUACUUCCUGUUUGACAACACCACCUUCACCAGCAACGGACAGCUAAUGACAACCAACACACAGAUGAUGUUUGGAAACUGGACAUUUGGGACGCUGGUCUUCACUGUGCUGGUCUUCACUGUUACAUUCAAGUUGGCUCUGGAUACUCAUUACUGGACGUGGAUCAACCAUUUUGUCAUCUGGGGCUCGCUGGUCUUCUUUGUGGUCUUCUCCCUGCUGUGGGGAGGAAUCAUCUGGCCCUUCCUGAACUACCAGAGGAUGUACUAUGUGUUCAUGCAGAUGUUGUCCAGCGGUCCGGCCUGGCUCAGUAUAAUCCUCCUGAUAACGGCCAGUCUGCUGCCAGAUGUGGUGAAGAAGGUGAUCUGCCGGGCGCUGUGGCCCACCACCACCGAGCGCAUACAGAGCGCUGACAAACUCUACAAGGGCCACCUGUCUGAGUUCACCCCCCUGGCGUCUCUCCACGCCCCGUCCAAGGCCAGCAGCCACCGGCGAGGCUCGGGCAACCAGAGGAACCCUCGAAGGUCUGAACCCAUUAGCAAGAAAACCAUGUUCACACGCUGGCAGAAGCAGCCAGACUACAGCACCUUCACCCCUCUACUCCGAUUCACCGAUGGCCACUCGAAGCAGAGGCUCGCCUACAGCGGGGCGGGGCCAGAGACCUCAGUCUAAUUUAUUUGCGUCUCACUAUUCUCAUUUUCUCACUUCAGAAACAAUGGCAUCUAUUUGUGGAACAAAGGAGUAGUCUAAUAAAUCCUCUGGAGUAAAGCUAACUUAUUUAUGUGACUGGAGUCAAAUACCUGGCUAUGAUGCUAACAGCAGGUAUCUGUAAUCCACCUGUAAGGGAAAGCAACGAAAGUGACCUUCACAAACAUCCAGCCAAGUAUGCAGCAAAGCAUUAUGGGAUGUCCCCUAAAGGACUCUUUCCGCAGGGCAUCGCUUGCUGCCACAUCUUGCAAAGGGCUCAGCGUAUCGAUGUCACAACACACACAUUCUUACGUCACUGGAAAUAUGUGCACUGGUCCUUUAAGCCUGCCUUUGCUUGCUGGCAGCUGAAGUGUACUUCGAUUUAAAAGAUUUAUACGACUUUUUGUAAUAAUUGUGAUUGUGCUGCUGAAGCCGGCUUGAGCUUUCUCUAAACAAACCUUUUCUUUUCUUCACUCCCACCAUCUCUCUCUGUCUGUCUGCCUCUUUUCAGGACUAAAUGGUGUUGCAUGUGUGCAAACAUGUUAUCCCGAAACACUCCCUAGGACUCUCUGCGACAUUGUAAGGAAGAGUAGUGGAGCGGUAGAGCUCAAGUGUUGGAUGUACUUUAACGGCCAACACUUGAGCUUUCACCUGCAGGUAGACUAGAGUCAAUGGUGGAUCAGAUGUGUGUGUACUGAUAUCUAGCAGUGUGUUAGUGUGUGUUAUAUUAAUCUCUGCAGGAUCCCUUUUUGUCUUUAAAGCACUUUACCUGUUCUCCUUAUACGUAUUAUGCCAUAAACAGAGACUGAUCCAAGUUGUGUUCAUGACUUAGGAAUAGUAGAAAUGGCUAGACUUAUGUUAACUCCCAGCUGUUUGAAUGCCUUAAUGUCACCCUGUAAAUAACACAUUACCUUUACCAAAGAAACGUCCUUUAGAAGCACAUUUGCUUAAAAACAAUGGGUGCAUGUCAGUAGUCAAGAAUUGUUAAUGCACCUUUUUAGUGCUCCGUAAGACUUGAUGCCUUAAAUUUGAAAUGCAGUUUAUCUGAUUCGCUGAUUAACCAGGCAGCCAUUUGUUGAUGGUUAGCUUAGCAUAAAGACUGGAAACAGCUCGGUUUAAAGUAGGACAUCAGACCCAUUCAUUAGCUUACAGCAUGUGAUAGCGCCGUGUUGAUGCUCCUAAAGGCCUUAUGAUCGUGAAAAAAGGCCUUUGCAGAUCUGUCUCACACGUUCCUGCUUCAACAUGUAUCCCCUCUUCCUUUGUAGCUGUCUCUCUCUUUCAGUCUUACUCAUUCUCCCUGAAGUGAAGUGAUGCUGAAGUGGAAGUUUUCCUACCUCUGUGAGCGCCGCCUCCACCCGUCUGAUCAUCAUCAUCCUCCUCUCCACCGUCCAUCCAUGCAUCUAUCAUUGUGAGACAGAGUAGAUAUCGUGCUUGCUUUAUUAGAAUAAUACGAACCAAAGCCUUGUCGCUGCUCGAGAUACCUUUUAGCUGCUUUAUGUAGGUGCCUUGUGGUAGUUUCUGUCUCUGCUCGACUAUCUUAGCUGGCAUUAUGGUUCAUUAAUAAUAGGCCAUACAAAAGCCCCACAGAUGAUGGGUGUGUGGAUGCAUGAUGAGUGAAAAGGUGAAUGUAAACACAUGACCAAGAACACUUAUUCAGAUCAAACGCAGCACUGAAAUAAUACAGGAGAUGGUGUAUCUGUUUUUUAUUGUUUUUAUUCCAGAUGUUUUAUACAUAUCCAGGAGGGCACCUGUCUCUGAGAGGUUGCUUUUAUUGUUUUCUAUUAUAUGUAAUGUUUAAUAUUCCCCUUUACCUCAUUAUUAAUGGUCUCACACUGGAAAGAUAUGAGGCUGACGUGAUGACUCGAUUUAAAAUCAAUAUUCUGUUUCCUUUCCAAUUUGGCAUCUUUGACUACUAAAGAAAUUCAAUAUUUAUAACAGGAAAGCAAAGACGUUCAGUGUCAGAUGAUAUGAUAAAGGAGUCACGUCAACCAAAUAUCAAAAGCACACAAACCAAUCACCUUUAUGGGAUACAAUAGAGGAGUUAUUAUAGUUGAUUAAAAUAACUUUGCCAUAAAUCCCCUUUUUUUGUGCAAUGUAAUCUUUCCAAGAGAUAGUCGUGUACUUCCUGUUUCUCUAUCAGCUGGAGAACUUGUUAAAAGCCCUUUGAGUUAAUGACUUGAUCAGUAAAAUACACUUAUUUACUUAAACGCAUUUUGUAUAUGUUAGAGAUUAUGUUUUUUUACGUCCUGAAAACUGUAUGUGGUGUGCGUCCUAUUUAUGUAGAGGAGUAUUCGAACAACACUGGAGAUGUAUGUUUAGCUUUAACGCUGGAAAAGAGAUUUGUGGUGUUCACACCUUACUGUAGAAACUUUAAACGCCAUUAAUUAUGGGAUGUAAUGUACAAGUUGCUCUUGUCCUAACUCUUUCAACUAGACCUAAACUGACAGCUUUCAAACAGAAUGUUAUUUCCUCUUUUACAAUGUAUGAUAUUUCUCUUAACCAUCAAUAUCUAUAAAGCACUCAGAUACAGUAUAUAUAAUAUAAAUGUAGUAAUGUUAAUUGAUGUACAGUUUUGGGGUCUUUUUAUAUACAGUUUUUAACAGUCAUAUCAAGAUUUACUUGUGGAUUUUUGCCAACCUUUCUGUAGCUGUCAAUGGCAAUCUACUGUACAUUUGCUUGGAAAUAAAAGCCAGCAGUGGAAGAAUAAAAA